CAGGUAUCGGGUCCACUCGCCAGUGGAAGGAGGAAAAGCUAUGACGUGCAGUGCCAAAAGGCGUCUUUAUCUCGAUAACUUGGCGCAAGUUCGAAGCCAAGAUUGAGCCCAGCAACCCGGAACCCAUGAUGCAUUCUCUCUCCUUCCGUACAUUGUACAAGGCUCGCAAUCUCUCGGCGGGCUGACGCCACUGAUACCGCCGUCGCCGUACCAUACCGUCCCUCGCAUCCUCUGCGGUUUCCUAGUUGAUUGUGAAGCCUGCGCGGCAGCACCAACCAACUCAAAUAAAUCCGACCAUGUCCAUCGCCACAAAUGCGGCCUCGCCCGCCCCUCUCUCCCGGUCUGCGACAUUGCAAUUGACGAGGCGCAAGUCUUCCAAGGACCGCAUCCAGGACAUUCUCGAGGGCGCCCGCGAACGAGCCGAGUCCCUCGAUCCCGACUCCCCCAACGCGAGUCCCAAGCUCCAACCCCUACUCGGCCGCUCGCGCAGAGCCAGCGACCCCUGCGGCUCGGGUACCCUACCAGAACUCAACGGCAAUGGCCACAACGUAGUGACUUCCCAGCCGGAGCGGCAGCGGACCCUCAACUACCAGAGCACGGUCGAGACGAGCCCCGCCCGUAGGAGAUCGGCGCUGAGCAGGAAGUCGUCGGCGCAGUACCCAGGGCAGCUAUCGCCGCAACCCCCCGGACGGGACGGUGGUGAUGGUGCGCCGCGGGAACGGCCAAGGGCGGAGCGGGAGGAGCCUGGAUGGAAGCGCACGCUACGCUACUUCAAGAGCGUCGAGCUCGAGAAUAAGGGCAGUGUUGCGCGGGACCAUCUGGCGCUGGAACGAACGUUCCUCGCCUGGCUCCGGACGUCCCUAGCGUUCGCCUCGAUCGGAAUCGCUAUAACGCAGCUAUUUCGUCUCAACACGUCGCUAGCCGAUGACAGCAGACAAGCCGAGACUCUCCGCCACCUAGGCAAGCCGCUCGGAACGGCCUUCUUGGGGGUCAGUAUAUUGAUCUUGCUGCUCGGGUAUAACAGGUACCUGUCAGGCCAGCACUGGGUGAUCAAGGGCAAAUUCCCCGCCAGUAGGGGGACCAUCAUGCUGGUGGCCUUGAUAGCGUUUACCGUGACGCUGGCCUCGCUGAUUGUCAUUCUUACCGUGCAGAGUGGCCCGAGGUGAUGUGGCUGGACUCGAGCGGUUAUAUUUGUCACAAAUUUGGGACGGUAUCAGGGGGGGUUAACCUGGGGUGUCCGAGGUGGAAAGAAUUUCGGGUCGAACGUGAAUGGCGAGGAUGAACCGAGUUGUCAAUAUACCAGUGAUGCAUGACAGCUUUUGUAUGAAUAAACGAGCCCGAAGAUCAGCCGAUUAGGAAUGGAUAUCGUCAUAGUUGAA